AUGAGGAUCCUCACUAUACUCUUCACCGUGUUCAUUCUGCAGCUUUCAAAGUGCGGAAAUGAGGGAAAGGACCUGGCAAGCACCGCCAGGAAUGGACCCUCCGGUGAUAACAAUGGGGAUAGUCCUUACAGGUGUGGAAGAGCGAUUGGAGUUGAGGGGCAAAGCUACACUCCCCUCAGAGAAGCUUCUCAGGAGUUCACUAUAGACCUUUCCCUCCGGGGUCAGACCAUGGCAUUGGAGGAAAUGGACGAGCAUUCUGGUGUAAUUCACAGGUCUUUAAAGGACGGCUAUGCAUCCAAGAAGGUAGUUUAUGGUAUAGAAACCAUUUGGGUCUCUGAACGGAGCUCGAUCUGCAUAGAGGCAGAAAUUUACAUUAAACAAAACGCCGCAGUUGCAAUUUUGGGACUAAGAAAUGGCUCCAGUGUAACUUACAAGGCAUUCCAGAGAAUGGUUGGUGGAUGGUUAGAUGUUGGAGUUGGACAUGUUAAUUGGGUGCUCCAUGAGAUGAUGUACGAUAUAGAGGCAAACGUCUCUCUUUUGACAGAAGAAGAAACGUACAUGGACGACUAG